UUAGAUCCUGAAAAGCUCAAUUGGGAGUAUCUAAUAUUGUAUAAUAAUAAUAAUAAUAAUAUUAAUAAUAACUGCUUUGACAAUUCCGAUUACCCCAAAGACUCACACUUCUACCACGACCACAAUACGAAAGUUAUUGGGAAGUUCACGGACGAAGCUGGUGGUGUACCCAUUGUUGAGUUCUGUGGUUUGAGAAGUAAGAUGUACAGUUACAUGAAGGAAAACGGAAAAGGUGGAAUGACAGCAAAUGGUGUAAAGAAGUACGUGAUAAAGAACAAGCGAACAUCAUGAAAGUAAUUCAGAAAAAGACACAGCUGAGGCACAACAUGAACGCAAUGAGAAGUGUGAAAGAUCAAUUGGGAACAUAGGAAUGUCGCAAGGUGACACUGAGUUGUUGCGAUGACAAAAGACAUCUUACGGAGGACGGUAUUACGAGUUACGCAUACGGUCAUUGUGACACAGCUGGUAAAUACGAAAUCGAAAGUGAUUGGGCAUCAGACUAUUACUCAGAUAAUGACAGUCAGGCUGAGACAGGACCUGAAACGGAUUGGACAGAUGAAGAUGUGUUCGCGUGA